AUGGGGGCUCUCCCGGCACUGCUGGGGGCCGCCUUGCUGUGGGCCGGCGCCGGGGCCCUCGUCAACCUCAAGUACUCGGUGGAGGAGGAGCAGCGGGCCGGCACGGUGAUCGCCAACGUCGCCAAGGACGCCCGGGACGCCGGGUUCGUGCUGGACCCCCGGCAGCCCACUGCUUUCAGGGUGGUCUCCAACUCGGCCCCUCACCUGGUGGACAUCAGCCCCGGGUCUGGGCUGCUGGUAACCAAGCAGAAGAUUGACCGGGACCUGCUGUGCCGACAGAGUCCCAAGUGCGUCAUCUCACUGGAGGUGAUGUCCAGCUCCAUGGAGAUCUGCGUGAUCAAGCUGGAGAUCAAGGACCUCAACGACAACGCGCCCAGCUUCCCCACUGACCAGAUCGAGCUGGAGAUCUCAGAGACAGCCAGCCCUGGUACCCGGGUGCCACUGGAGAGUGCCUAUGACCCGGACUCGGGCAGCUUUGGUGUGCAGAGCUAUGAGAUCACCCCCAAUGACCUCUUUGGGCUGGAGACCAAGACAAGGGGUGAUGGGUCCCGUUUUGCUGAGCUGGUGGUGGAGAAGAGCCUGGACCGUGAGACCCAGUCCCACUACAGCUACGUGAUCACAGCGCUGGAUGGUGGUGACCCACCCAACUUUGGCACCGUGGAGCUCAGCAUCCGUGUCAUCGACUCCAAUGACAACAACCCGCUCUUUGAGGAGCCGGCCUACACAGUCAGUGUGCCUGAAAAUGCCCCACCAGGUACCCCAGUCAUCCGGCUCAAUGCCUCUGACCCGGAUGAGGGUACCAAUGGCCAGGUUCUCUACUCUUUCCACAGCUAUGUCUCAGAGCGGGCCCGGGAGCUCUUCCAAAUCGACCCCCAGAGCGGCCUCAUCACGGUGAGCGGUGCCAUCGACUACGAGGAGGGUCAUGUGUAUGAGCUGGAUGUGCAGGCCAAGGACUUAGGGCCUAACUCCAUCCCUGCCCACUGCAAAGUGACCAUCAGUGUCCAGGAUGCCAACGACAACCCGCCCCUCAUCAACCUGCUCUCUGUGAACAGCGAGCUGGUGGAGGUGAGCGAGAACGCCCCGCCGGGGUACGUCAUCGCCCUGGUGCGGGUCUCGGAUCGUGACUCCGGGGCCAAUGGGCGGGUGCAGUGCAAGCUCCUGGGCAAUGUGCCUUUUCGACUCCAGGAGUACGAGAGCUUCUCCACCAUCCUGGUUGACGGGCGGCUGGACCGGGAGCAGAGGGACCAGUACAACCUCACCAUCCAGGCCAGGGACAAUGGUAUCCCCUCCCUGCAGGCCACCAAGUCCUUCACGGUCAAGAUCACCGAUGAGAAUGACAACCAUCCCCACUUCUCCAAGCCCUAUUACCAGGUUAUCGUGCAGGAGAACAACACCCCAGGGGCCUACCUCCUCUCAGUCUCUGCCAGAGACCCUGACCUGGGCCUCAAUGGCAGUGUCUCCUACCAGAUCGUGCCCUCCCAAGUCAGGGACAUGCCUGUCUUCACCUAUGUCUCCAUCAACCCCAACUCUGGAGAUAUCUAUGCUUUGAGGUCCUUCAAUCAUGAACAGACAAAGGCCUUUGAGUUCAAGGUCUUGGCGAAAGAUGGGGGUAAUCCCUCUCUGCAGAGCAAUGCCACUGUCAGGGUGAUUGUCCUGGAUGUCAAUGACAACACCCCUGUGAUCACGGCCCCGCCGCUGGUCAACGGGACGGCAGAGGUGUACAUCCCCAGGAAUGCAGGGGUUGGCUACCUGGUGACAGUGGUCAAGGCAGAUGACUAUGAUGAGGGUGAAAAUGGCAGACUUUCCUAUGAAAUGGUGGAAGGAGACAGAGGAUUUUUUGAGAUAGACCAGGUCAAUGGAGAGAUAAGGACCACCAGAGCCUUUGGGGAGAAUGCCAAGACAGCCUACGAGUUGAUUGUGGUGGCUCAUGACCAUGGGAAAACAUCUCUCUCGGCUUCUGCCUUAAUUUUGAUAUACCUGUCUCCAGCCCUGGAUGCCCAGGAGUCCAUAGGAUCUGUUAACCUCUCCCUGAUUUUCAUUAUUGCCCUGGGGUCUAUCGCAGCCAUUCUUUUUGUCACCAUGAUCUUCGUGGCAGUUAAGUGCAAAAGGGAUAACAAGGAAAUCAGGACCUACAACUGCAGAAUUGCAGAGUACUCCUACGGGCAUCAAAAGAAAUCAAGCAAGAAGAAGAAGAUCAGCAAGAAUGAUAUCCGCCUGGUACCGCGGGACGUGGAGGAGACAGAUAAAAUGAACGUUGUGAGCUGCUCCUCUCUCACUUCAUCCCUCAACUACUUCGACUACCACCAGCAGACCCUGCCGCUGGGCUGCCGCCGCUCCGAAAGCACCUUCCUCAACGUGGAGAGCCAGAACAACAGGAACGCCGGCUCCAACCACAUUUACCAUCACACCUUCACGGGGCAGAGCCCCCAGCAGCCCGACCUCAUCAUCAACGGGAUGCCGCUGCCAGAGACUGAAAACUACUCCUUUGAUUCCAACUACGUGAACAGCAGAGCUCAUUUAAUAAAAAGCAGCUCCACGUUCAAGGACUUGGAGGGGAACAGUCUGAAGGACAGUGGCCACGAGGAGAGCGACCAGACAGACAGCGAGCAUGAUGUGCAGCGGGGCCUCUACUGCGACACGGCUGUCAACGACGUGCUGAACACCAGUGUCCCUUCCAUGGGGUCCCAAGGCCCUGAGCAAGAUCAGAGCGAAGGAUUUCACUGCCGGGAGGAGUGCCGCAUCCUGGGCCACUCGGACAGGUGCUGGAUGCCCCGCGGUGCCGUCCCCAGCCGCGCCAAGUCCCCCGAGCAUGGGAGGAACGUCAUCGCUCUCUCCAUCGAGGCGACGGCGGUGGACGCGGAGCCUUACGCAGACUGCAGCACAAAAAGGACCUUCGCCACCUUCGGCAAGGAGGGCGGCGAGCCCGCGGCCGAGGAGCGGCUCGCCAACCCCAAAGGCAAAAGAACGGUGGACCCGCCCGCCUGCAGCCCCAAGGUGAGCGGCGCCGUCCGCGAGGCAGGCAACGGGUGCGAGGCCGUCAGCCCCGUCACCUCGCCCCUCCACCUGAAGAGCCCUUUGUCUGGCAAACCGGCGGCGCCCUACGGUGCCGGGCACUGUGCCGGCAACCGGGAACGGGAGCCCUUUGGGAACAGUGGCCCUUCCCGGCCGACGGAGGCAGAGCCCCGGGGGGCGGACAGCGAGAGCAGUGGGCAGGAGGGCAACCCGCUCCUGCAGGAACGCCGGGAAAAGGACUCGCCCGGCGCCCGGAGACUAAAGGACAUCGUCCUCUGAGCAGCACCCGGCGACAGGAGGAUGAGGAUGCGGAUGUGGAUGAGAGGAUGAGGGACCGCACGACUCCCAGCGCAGAUUGUUUUUAUUGCUUACCAAUGGUUCACAGAUUGCUGUAUUUAAAAGCUUUCCCUAAAUGUAUUGUUUAUAAAUGAAGCUAUCGUUAAUGUGACAAUCCCACUUGUCUCGACAGGCGGCAGGGGUGUGCAGCCGGAGCGGAGUAGCCGGUGUUUUUGCUUCGCCGGGAGGCGGCGGGUGGCGGGGGCAGAGGCGAGACACCCCCAGUCCUCAAGAGUGCUCGGUAUCCCCUCCUUGGAGUUUAUAUAUUUUUAUAUCUCGAAACAAAGAUAAAUUUCCAUUCCCGGAAAAGAAUUGAGUGGCAAAUUCCUUAUUCGGACAUGUUUAGUAACCACCCCGGCGGUUUUGUAGUCUGGACAAAGUAGCGGCUGUUUCUUGUGUGCGACUGUUCAAAGCGACAGUCGGGUGAGGUUCAACAUUCACCCAACAUGAGGUUGUUUGUAUUUUAAGGUGUUGGUGUUUUGCUAUGGACACCCCUGCAAUUAUGAAUCCUUUUGCUGUCACAUGCUUAUCUGUACUAUUAUUGUAUUUGAUAUUGCAAAUUACUGUAUGUCUGGUGAUGGCAAAAGGCUUUCAGGCUUAAAAGAAAAGAAUUUAAAAAAAAAAUCAGAAUCAUCUUACUUAAACUUCGGGGAACCUGCGGUUUGCAGCCCCGGUGGAGCAAGCGCUUCUUCCAGCCCCCACCAUUGCCUGCAGCCUCCCCUGGCUCUUGCAGGGCAGUGACAGGGCAUUACAGGAAGAUGUUUUGGGGAAAAUCCUGCCUGGAUUGCAACUGUCGGAUGCACUGUGCUGAACUUUUUCCCUUAUCCGUUUCUUUUGCGUAAUUUCAUGGCAAGGCAUGGAAAGUUUUUUUUCCAGAAGUUGGUUGUUUUGGUUUUUUUCCAGUUCCCAGAUUUAGAUAUCCCCCGUCUCCAAUCAUUUCCAAGUCAAAGAGAUGGAAUUAUUUAAAAGAUCUAAAUUACCUGCUCAAUUAGACACACACUUCCAAGUCAGCAUUUCCCAGUCACAAUUACGCCAAGUGUAUGUGUGUAUGUAUGUCAUCAUGGCAUGGAUUUUAGACUGUUCUGAUUUCUUUCUAUCCCUGCAUCAUAAAUAAGUAUGGAAUGAGCAAUAGUGAUGUUAAUUUAGGGGCAGACAGGUGAUAUGUAACAACGCUACUAAUUCAAUUAAUGUGCCUUCUUAAUGGAGAAAAAAUUAAAGCAAUUCAUUAUUUUUUCUCAUAAUUAAGGACUUUUUUUGUGUGGGUGCAAAUUUACUCAUAUAAAAUUGAUUUAAAAAUUGAGCUACUUUAAUAGCCAUUUUGUAGAAGGGAGAGAGGGAAGGGAUUCCACAGCUCUCUGCUCUCUUGCAGUGAUAAUUCCUCAGUGAGGUAUGAGUAAGGUAGGAGGAUUUCAAUUAGUGUAUUAUUAUUUUUACUAUUAUUGUUAACCCUUCACUGAACAGAUUUUUUCCUACCCUAAAUAAUGUUUCCUAGAAUUUAAAAUUGAUUAUGGAAGGGAAAAUAUAUAGCUCUUGCCAAUGUUUGCUGUACCAGCAAGUUGAAAUUAGUGGUUUCUAGAGAAAGAGUCUUUCUAGGUCUACAUAUCAUGAUAAAGUAUUUGUUACUUUGAUUUAUUUAAAUGAAAACAAGAAAACAAUAUCCAAUCAUUGUCAUCCUCAAAAUAAAUUUAAACUCCAGCCAUUUGUUUUUUUCAGGACAAAUUGAUCUUGGCUGAAGCCAUAACCAGUCCAAGACAGGUCCACAGUCAGCCUGUUCCCCCUGCCACUUGCUAGGUCCAGGAAUUGGGAAAGAAUCAACAAAAAACAGUCAUCUAAUGAAAUUUGUUACACUUCCCUCACUGGUGUGAUGACUACCUCAUUCAGCUCCCAUCCCACGUGUUAAUGUGAUGUCCUGCAUCCCUCCAGAAAGCAAACCGGGGUUUUUCCCUCAUGUUCUGGAUUCUGAGCCCAUUUUUCAGGGAUGUGUUGUUUCUGUUCCUGCCGUGUUUCCUGCCUGUGUACCGUUACUGCUGUCAUUUAUUUCUGGGGUUUUUAUCCCCAAAUGUGUUUUUUAUUAUAACACAAGCAAAGAAGAAAGGGGCUGGCUUGAGGCUGUUGGAGUAACUGGGUGUUCUGUAACCAUCAGGCUGGGUUUAUUCUGAUGUUACCUGGUUUUGUCAGUUCUGGGAGGUUUUCUGGGGGGGGGAAGCUUCUCGUAUGUGUUUGCUGAAAGAUAGAGCCUGCGAUGCCCCAUAUGUCAGAUGCUCUUGGCUUCACAGGGCAACAACCCCAUGUGUCCCCAUCGUCUGCCCUACACCUCUGCCAGGAUGGGACCCAGCUGCCCCAUUGUGGGAUGGGGAUAGUGGGUGCCCCCCUCCAUCAUCCCCAGCUGCCUGGAAAAGCACCGGCCGAUAAUUUCUGCCGAGCGUUGCCCUCUGCCUGUGGAGCUGCCACCACCAGCCCAGCAUUUUGGAUGAAAAAUAGAUGCUAACUGAAAAGGAAGAGAGAAAAAAAAAGAAAAAAUAGAAACAUUUCUCUAAUUUACCCAGAGGAAACAUUCCUUGCCACUCUGAAUAAAAGCACAGCCGAGAAAGAAUGUGAAAUAAUUCUCUAUUAAAAGGGGGCAUUAAAGAGGUCAGUAAACCCUUAUGCCUCCAAGAAAAUCGUUUAAACAUCAGUUUUCUGGGCUGACCCAGGCUGCAGCAGGGGAUGCUGAGCGAGGGGCCCUUCCUUGGUAUGGCCUCGCUGUGCGGGGCUGAGGGGAGACCCAGGGAGUGGCCCCAGCUUCGCUGCCUUGGCCCUCUCCAGAAUAUUUUGGUACUCCUGUCACUGUCCCUCUGUGUCGCUCGAGAUGAGUUCAGGCUCCUGGGCAAAUCGCAGUCUCUUGGGUUUUUCCCUAGUUGCAUCAGAACUGGCCAUGCAAAAAAUGUUCCGAGCUGCAGGGGGGCGGGAAGGCUUUUUGGGAGAGUUCCAGAUGUAAUUAUUGUGCUUUUUAAUAACUUAAACCUGUCCUCAGAUUUGGUUUAGGAAAAAUCGCUGGGAUCUGUUGGUUUCCUUCAGGCAGACUUGCUCUGCUCCCCUGUUUAUCCAGGAGAGCAGCAGCCACUGACGAUUCUCCCCCGAGCAUGACGAGGACCCAUCUGGAGCAGCCCUGGGGCUGGGGGCUGGGGGGCUGAACUCUUCCCUGCUCCCUGGGGAGCCCCGGGCUUUUCCCACCCUCGAGGCUGCAGGACUAUGCCAGGAGGAAUGGUGGAGGGCUGGGAGGGAUGAGUGAUGGCUGGAAAAAUCCCCCUUGAGCACCGUCCUACUGAGGUUGUUGCCGUUCCCUGUUUGUUGUGAGCUGGAGGUGGCCUGUGGAUCACACGUUGUGCAGAAGUGAAUUCCUUUCUUUUUUUAUUUUAUUUUUUUUUUACAAAUAGGAAACAAGUUGCUUUUGUAAAGAACACACUUGUCUGAUGGGUAUGUUGAAAUUAUUCUUGGGGGAAAAAAAAAGAACUAAUUAUGAAUGGAAAACACAUUUGUCUGUCAUUGGGGAAAAUUGAUGGUCUUGUUGCUACAGCUGCUUUUGCAGCUAUGGGUAGUCUCUGAUCCAACCUGUGAGCUGCGGUACCCGCCGGGGAGAAGCCCAGCUGCCCCCGCUGCAAGCACUGCUGAGACGGAGCCUUUGCCGGCAUCAGCUGAUGUUCAGCUGAUCUAAGCUGGGAUAGAAUCUCCAAACACACCUCAUGGAACUGGCUCUCAGCAGCACACGCCUCCCUGCAGCCUGGCGAGGCCGGCGGUGGCUGGGCUGCCGCGGGACUGAGCGCGGUACGUCUCGUCAUGGUGUCUCCGUUGCCGAGUAUAUGAAGAAUAAAUUGUUGUAUAUGCUGAUAUGUAUGUUAUGUACAUUUUCACAGUGAUUGAAUCAUUGUAAACAACAAAAUGGAAAAAGGAAAAAAAAAAAAGAAUCACCAUUCUGUCUAUUUUAUGAAGAUGAUAAAGCAGCUUUAUUAAAUUAUUACGAUUCUGUUUCCAAAUGGUGUACCUGCCACAUUGGGAUUUUUUCAUCUGAUGAGAACUUUGUUUUCCACCUAAAUGUGAUUUUCUUUUCUCUGCUUUGAGCAUCUAAUGCAUUUUAGUAUUAAAGCAAUUAUUGAAUAAAAUGGAAAGUAAGUGUUUGGUUAAA